AUGGAUUGUACAAAGGCCGAAUUUAAAAGUAAUAAAUUUAUUUAUCGAGCUGAACAAUGGGAGAUCGAUAGUGAUAAGACUUCCGAAGAUGUAGAUGAUGAAGAAACACUCGAAUCUUAUACACUUUCGAUUGAUUUAUCAAAUUCUACAUCAGUGAAAAAGUUUACGAAUCAAACGAUCGACUUUACGGGAUUUAAAUUCGUUAUUCAAAGUCUUUCAUUAGCCAACCAACCAGGCCCGUGUAUCAUCACAUCGAAUUCGUUCAAAUCAUCGAUCUACGAGACACUGAAUGCUUUGAAUUUAUCAUCUACCUGUACGAAACAAAUCCCAAGUGAUUGUCCUGAAAUCUUCCGACCGUUGAAAAACCUUCGAACACUUGAUUUAAGUGGAUCGAACAUGUACAAAACUUGUCUGAAUAAACCAGACACAUUUUCCUACAUAUUCAAUCACCUGAUAUUACGCAAUAAUGUCUAUGAAAGGAGCGCAUUCACUUCCUCGAGCGGAUUGUUCGACGGUGUGAAGAAAAUUUCUCAACUCGACUUACAAAAUUCUCGUUUUCAAUCCAAUGCAAAUACAAGCGAAACUUGUCUAUUCGACAUAUUUCCGUCGUUGAAAGUAUUAGAUCUGUCAGGCAUUCAAUCAGAUGAUAUAGGCAUCAAUACACUUAUAGAGCGUCUACUGAAAUGCGAUACAACAACAUCAAACGAGAAACCAUUGGAACAUUUAUCGUUACGUUCUUUGAAACUUUCAAAACUACCUGCUUGGUUAGCAAGCGAAUCAUUUACAUAUCUAAAUCGACUUGACUUAUCGGACAAUUACUUCCACAACAUUGAUUUGCAAGGAUUCAGAUAUCUCCGCUCGAUAUCGCUAGCGUACAAUCCGAUUGAAUUCGAUCAAAUUCUCUGGAGGAACGAGACAGUUUACCGAUCGAUUAACCUACGCUCAACGGUUCGAUACUCCAAAUUCGAUCUAGUACAUCAUCUAAACAGUCUACUGGACUUAGCUCAAGAUAUUGACUACAGUCAAAAUCAAGGUGAAGAUCUCUUUAAUGUCACUCAACUUUCUAUUCAAGCGCGUGACACUUCUCUGAAUUUCUCGCGAAUGAAUAUCAAGGCAUUUGGUAUCGAUUCAGAUACGGUUAAAGUAUUAGAUGUCAGUUCGAACUACUUAACGAAUCUCGACUUAAGUCAACAGAGAGAAUUGAAAUAUUUGGAUUGUUCAAAUCAGACUCUUCAAACGCUGAGUUUAAGACACCGUUUAUCGACAUUAAGAGAAUUACGAUGUUCAAACAAUAAUUUAACAGUAAUCGGCAACUUUCCAUCGAUAAGCACAUCGUAUUUAGAAGUACUUGAUUUAUCGAACAACGGAAUUGAUUCAUUACGAGACUACUUUACACAUCUGAAAAGUCGUACAUUGCGGCAAGUCAAUUUUCGAUCGAAUUUCAUCCGUGCUGUGCGUUCGAAGACAUUCCAUAGAGACUUGGUCAACCUCGUGGAAAUCGACUUAUCGUGGAAUCAAAUCGAGAAAAUUGAAAAAAACGCAUUUCAAGCACGAAAUCUUCAAAUUCUUGAUUUGACCGGCAAUUCACUUAAAACUAUCGAACCAAACGCCAUAUUCACUGCGUCAUUACGAUAUUUUUAUAUUUCUUCUAUCGGACUAGAUUUAACUGAUCGUUGUUUACAAACGAAAUCAAAAGACCCUUUGUUAUCGCUGUAUUUCAAUUGGUAUCGACGAAAUGCAACAUUGAUGAAGAAACUUCCAGUGAAAUUCAGCUCGUGUCUUACUCGUUAUCUACCUGAAAGUAAACUUAAGCGAUUGACAAAGAAAACGAAACAAAUGCUCGGUAUCUACGGCCUAUGGAUAAUCGUAGGUUUAGCUGUUGUUGUAGUCAUCUUGGGUCUUUUACGGCAUUAUCGAAACACAGGAUUUCCAUCUUUGAGAGUGUUUCGAAAGUAUAAAAAGGUCGAACGACAAGAGUUAAUUGAAAAUGAAAUCGAGAUGGCUGGGCAUAGUCAAGAAGAUGAUAUCGUUAUGAAUAUCGAAGAACUACCUUACAAUAAACACAACAAUCCUCCUCGUACAGAUGUUUAA